AUGGGUGAUCACGCGUUCGCUUUGCAGUCGCCCGGUCCGUCCAACGUCAUCUCGCUGUCGGACUUGUCCCAGUUGAUCAGAUAUUACAGCAGCAAUAGAAACCCGGCGUAUGAUCUCGUGAAUAACAAUAUUAACUCCUCGUAUCUUUCUCAUUCAGCUCGACAAAUCAUGCAGGAUGAUUUACUGAUGGACAAAACUCACCAUCAGCAGCAGCAAGACCAGGCGGACCCUGCUCCCUCUACCCCGACACCUUCGCUGGAGCCGACCUCUUCCUCUGCGUCCUCAUCUGACGCGGAAUCGACCGGCGGUGGGAAGGAGAAAUCGCCCAUGGAGUCGCCUCUCCUCCCGGGCUUGGGCUUCCCACACCAGCCGCUCCAAACUCAAGACACCGGUGGUUCCCUGCCCUCCCCUAACUCCUCAUUCGGGAGCGCUUGGUCCACUGGUAGCGCCGUGGAGGACAGCUACUUCCCAGGAAUGCCCUCUGUGAACGGGAACUUGCUUUUCCCUCAUGUAAAUCCGGUGUUUGGAGGGAAUUUUACGCAAAUAGGUUUAGCACCGCAAUCCCAGCAGCAAAGGCGGUCCCCAGUUAGUCCGAAUCAAGGUUUCCCACAGAGAAACAUGUCGUAUCACAAUGUAUCAAAAGGCUCUUGUUCGUCUUCAUCCUCAUCAUCUUCAAGCUCUUCUUGGAAUAAUAACCACCAAAACUGGAGCUCCUCGCCGUCCAACCCCUGGAGCGGGAUGCAGCACGGCAGAGACCCGAGGAGAGCAGUGGGAGUCGGGGUAGGUGUCGGGAUGGGAGUCGGUGUUGGAGCGAUGCCGUCUUCGUUGAACCCGAUCUCGCCCAUGAAGAAGCCCUACGGCACCGGGAGCGUCAUCGCGCCCCCAAAGUUCCCCAGACCCCUCGGACCCAAGACGUGCUGGAUGGAUGAGUUUAGACCUGACAGCAACAACAUACUGCCUUUUCAGGAUCGUAAUCGUCCGUUUGACGCCUUCAGUUUGCACUCUCUGGGGAACUCUCUCAUGGACAUGAUCAGGACAGACCACGAGAAAGGACGACUGGGGCUAAACUUCCACCAUCCUGGAGAACACAUCAUGCCUCUCAACAGUCGCUCCUGUCUAUUCCCUUUUGAGGAUGGUUUCCUUGACGACGGACAUGGUGACCCCUCGUUGACCCCGGGGAUGACCUCUCCGAACCGCUGCCCGAGCGGAGAGAGGCUGGAGCGUUUCUCCAGGAAAGUGUUUGUGGGAGGGCUGCCCCCGGACAUAGAUGAAGAUGAGAUCACAAACAGCUUUCGUCGGUUCGGACACUUGGUGGUGGACUGGCCGCACAAAGCUGAGAGUAAAUCCUACUUCCCUCCAAAAGGUUAUGCAUUUCUGCUGUUCCAGGAGGAGAGCUCGGUCCAGGCUCUUAUCGACUCGUGCAUCGAAGAAGACAACAAACUGUAUCUGUGUGUGUCCAGCCCCACCAUCAAGGACAAACCAGUUCAGAUCCGCCCGUGGAACUUGAGCGACAGUGACUUUGUGAUGGACGGCUCUCAGCCUCUGGACCCCAGGAAAACCAUCUUUGUGGGAGGAGUCCCGCGGCCACUCAGAGCAGUGGAGUUGGCGAUGAUCAUGGACCGCCUGUAUGGAGGAGUGUGUUACGCCGGCAUCGACACAGACCCAGAGCUGAAGUACCCAAAGGGGGCGGGGCGAGUGGCGUUUUCAAACCAGCAGAGCUACAUCGCUGCCAUCAGUGCUCGCUUUGUGCAACUGCAGCACAACGACAUCGACAAGAGGGUGGAGGUGAAGCCCUAUGUCCUGGACGAUCAGAUGUGCGACGAGUGCCAAGGUGCUCGCUGUGGGGGCAAAUUCGCUCCGUUCUUCUGCGCCAACGUCACCUGUCUCCAAUACUACUGCGAAAACUGCUGGGCCUCCAUCCACUCACGGGCCGGCCGCGAGUUCCACAAGCCCCUGGUCAAAGAGGGGGGAGAGCGGCCCCGACACGUGUCCUUCAGAUGGAGCUGAGGGUCCCAAAGUCCUGUCCCAAACCCACCCGGAGACCCCCACCUGUACACUGCAAAAAUAUAACAGCUACAUAAGAGCAUUGGACUCUUGAGUUGGUUAACGUCAUAGUUUCAACAUUAUAUACACCGCAAAAACAUCAAUAUCUAGAUGAAAUGGCUUGGAUUCAGAUUCUUAGGUUGAGAAGUUUUGAUUAACUGAGAUUAAUUUAAAAUAAUAACUAUUCAGUACAGUAUUUUACGCUGAAAAACAUGAAAAUCUAAAAGAGUGUAAGUUUUGAUUCAGUCAGUGUAACCCAAUAGUUUUUAAAUUAUAUACACUACAAAUCGAGUUUAAAUGGCUUAGAUUAAAACUUUUUGGUUGACAAGUCGUAUUUAAUUUGGAUUAUCUCAAUAAUUUAAAUAUUCUUUACACUGCGAAAACAUGAGAUCUACAAGAGUAUAAGAGAAUUUCGCUUAGAAUCCUGAGUUAUACAAUUAUGAUUCAUUCGGAGUAAAUUAAUAAUUGUUUCCGUACUAUUUGACACUGCAACAAUGUGAAAAUCUGAAAGAGUGUAAGUUACUUGAACUCAGAAUAUUGAGUUGAGAAGUUCUGAUUCAAAGUCAAUGCUACAAAUUAUUAUUUUGAUUCAUUUAGAUUAGUUUCAAUAUUAUUUCCACUGCAAAAACACGAAAACCUACAAGAACAUACAAGAGAAAGUUUUGAUUAAUUCAGUAACUCAAUAAUAGUUUCAGUACUACAGUAUUUAACCACAAAAAGAUCCGGAUUUAGAAACUUGAGUUGAGAAGUUUUGAGCCAUUUAGAUUAACUCAAUAGUUUCAAAUUAUUUACCCUGCAAAAACAUGAAAGUCUAGUUCAAAUGGCUUGGAUUCAGACUUUUGGGUUGACAAGUUUUGAUUUAUUUAGAGUAACUCAAUAGUUUUCAAAGCAUUUACACUGUGAAUACUUUCAAUCUAUAAGACUGUACGAAGACUGGACUCAGAAUUAUGAGCUGAGUAAUUAUGAUUCAAUAUUAGUAUCUGAAUAAUAGUGUAAAUACUAUUCUAAAUUGCAAAAACAUGUUGAGAAGUUCUGAUUCAGUCAGCGUGACCCAAUAGUUUUAAAAUGAUGAGAAAUGAACAGAAAUCAAGUUGAAAUGGCUUGGAUUCAGACUCUUGGUUUGACAAGUUUUAAUUAAUUUAGAUUAAGUCAAUAAUUCACACUGCAAAAACAUGAAAAUCUAUGAGAGUACAUGAACUUUGGACUGAGAAUCUUGAGUUGACAAGUUUUGCGUCAUGCUAACCCAAAACUAAUAGUUUCAAUACUAUUUUACAACUGAUCUUGAGUUGAAUUGUUUUGAUUGAUUUAGAUUAACUCAGUUUCAAAAGUAUAUACAUUGCAAACAUGAAUAUCUCUCUUUUUUGACUAGCUUUUUUAUAUUGACUCAACUUGUUGGUUUUAAUGUUAUUUAGACUGCACUUACAAAUAUCCACAAUGUUUAAAAUUACACAACUUAUAUUUGAACCUUACAAAACUGAUCAAAACAAAACUAAGACUCUGAAUUCAAGUGGCUUUGCAGUGUACCAUCUCUGUCCCUUCACAAAUUCACCGUCUCUUCCAGGUCUCAUGCUGCAGAGACAGUUUGAAACUAAUUUAAUCUGAAUCCAAGGAACUCAUUAUCUAAAUCUCCCCCCAAAAAAACAUUAGGAAAAAAACAAAAUUGGGGAAAAAAGGCAUACAAUUUGCACACAACAUGGCUGCGCUCUGUCCUGUCGACUGGAUAUCGUCCUGCUUAACUGACAGUGGGGGAAAUAUUUGAAAAAGUAUCUAUUUUUAUUUUCUAUACUAGAUUAAUAAUUUAAAUUUUAUGUACAAAAAAAAAAGAUGCAUGCACUUAUUUGAAAAGCUGUAGUCGUGUUGCCCUGUAGUCACACCAAAGGCAAUGCUAAACGAUGUAGCAAGAUAGAUAACGGCUAACAACAUAAUACUCUAAUGUCGGCUAGAUUUUUAAAUAUAUUAAUACCUCAUUGUGGCAAUCAGAUAGUUUGCUUUGGAUUUUUAGGUCUUUAUUUUUGUAUUAACAUUAUUUUUUAGUGUUUUGUCGAUGUAAUGCUGCGUAAUAGUUGUGCUGCUAAACCCAAUGGUAUAAGCAGAUACCAUAUGAACUUUACACAGGCUACAGUACAAGUGUAGCUUUAAAAUGAAUAAAGGGGAAGGACGCCCCAAACAAAGAUGGCUACCUUUAAAAACAAUAGGGUGGUGGGUGCAAGGGGAGGCAUAGGGCCUGAACUGCAUGUUAUAUCAAUCAGGUUUUGCAUGCAAUAGACUUUUUACGUAUCACCUAUAAAUAAUUCUGCCCAUGUUUUGCACACUAAACACUAAAAUGGUAGACGAAAGAAACAGGAAGUCAGGUUUUGGGCAUAAACAGUAGAUCGGUAAUGGACUCAGUGGUGAUAUAUGUAACACCUGGAUCUUUAGGCUCGAAUCAGAUACCAUUUAGAUUCCAAUUGGCUUGUUUUAGCUGCUGUUUAAACCCUGAUUUUUUGCUAAAUUGAGUUUUUGAUAGGCUGUCUGGUCAUUUUGGUGCGUAAUGUCGUCAUUAUAAAGCUAAACCUAUGUGUCCGUCAUGCUGCAAGUAACUUAGAAACAGAAAAAUAUUAGAAAAGUGUCCAAAAGUCACACCUUACUUCCUAGUCAGAUCAUUGUAACCACACCUGUAGUUUUUUUACCAAACACUAACAAUUCUAUGCAUAUGUUUUUUAAAAGUUUCAAUGACAUGCCACAUAACAUAUUUUGGUUAAAUGUUGGCGCAAUGGCUACGUUUGAGCAUUUAACAGUCCAUUUUUUCUACUGUCUAUGCCUCGAACAUAACAACGGGGUCUAUAGAAAACAAAAAUAAUCAAAUGUAGGAUUUAUACAACUCUUUAUGGUUAGGUGAAGUACUUUUUUUGCAGUGAUUGUUGAUAUAAUUGUGCAAUUUUUUAUACCGUUUGUUUCGUAGUUAGCUCUGCCUAGAACUGUGAUUGGCUUUUACCUGUCGUCCUGUGAAUUCUCAUGACUCUAGUCUCUGCACAGUAUAUCUCUAUGUUCAAUAAUACUUGCACCGGAGUACGCCUCUCGAUAUCAAACAACGACAACACGCACAAAACAGGCUGAGAAAAGAGGAAACGUGAGCCAAAAUGGAGGACGUUGGCUUGUAAAAUAUAUAUAAGAGGUUGUGUUCACGAGGGUUUACAACAAUAUAACCUGCCAAUAGUUUAAACUAAAGUGGAGGACAGGUCAGAAUUAUGUCACUGAACUUGACAUUUGAAGAUAGAUGAUGUCUGACACCUGCUUGUCUCCAUGGAGAUACCAGGAAUGUCACACAGUAUGGCAUUAAACUUAUCUAUCUUGCAUUUAUUCAAUUAAAGAUGAGCUGCUUAAACAUAUCUCCACAGAUCUGACCUGAAAUGUGGACUUUUUGUCUGUGUAAUAUUUUAGGUAAAGCAAUACCAUCUCCAUGGAAACAAACAGGUAGAGGUCCCAUCUCCGAAAAGUCACAUAGUACACCUUUAAUUGUCAAAAUGAAGACCUGGUUUAUGGAUAAUAACUCUGUAUUUACCAAGUCCACAUGAAAGAAAAACUAAAAAACUGGCGUGAAGUUGUCUUUUUGUCUUUUUGAUCAAUGAAAAUAAGGCGCAAUAUGGCAAAUGUGUGGACUUAAUCCAAAAAAAUAUGGUUUAUCAUGUGGAUUUUUGUUUUUUUAUUUCAAAAACAGUGAAUUGUCCAUAGGGAUUGUAUAUUUCCUUGUGAAAAUAAGGCUGUAGAGUGAAUAUCGUGAACACAACCUACAGUAAAUAAUCAGUAAGGCAACCAAAGAGCUCAUGAGGUGCAUAGCGUUUAAAUGAGAAGUUAUGAUUGAUCAAAACAAUUCAAAGUAAGUUAGAUUGGAAAUUGAAGCUACUAACUUUACAAACGUGCAAUUAAGAAGAGGUUAGAAAAAAUAUGUAUCCAGAUUUUUUUUAUUACCUGCAAAGCUUGAAGUAACUUGCUACCAAAACGGUGGUUGAAAAACUUUUAUAUUUUAAUAAAGUCAAAAAACAGGAAAUCCAGUGUUAAAAGUACUGACUGCUGAAAUGUUGGGGUGACACUGGUUGAUUUUUUUUUUUUUUUUUUUUUUUUACAUUUAUUUUAUACUUAUCCAUAUUUUUAAUGGGUACCACUUUCCUAUAAACAUUUAAGAGCUCAAAGAUUCAGAGUAGAGACCUCUAUAGGCAUUGGUUCUAUCUCGUAAUGGUGGUAAAUUGAAUUCAAAGUGAUGAAAUGUAGCAGUAAUUGCUUAUUACUUAUUUACUUACUUAUUUUAAUAACGCUAUACGAACAGAUUUAGCUUGUUUUUCUUGUAGUGGUGCAGAAUCACGGCUUGUCUAGUUGACAUUUUGAAAUUACUGGCUAGAUUAAAACAAAAAUAAUACUAAUAAUAAUAAUAAUGCCGACUUAACGUGAAGGCAUUAUGUCAACUUUAGACCCAACUUAAAAUACCAAAAAUCUAAUACAACUUUGGACAUUUUGAAACCAUUAUUUGAAAGAAAGUAACAUAAUAAAUAGAUUCAAAGUCAACCUGACAUUUGAGUGGUCUUCUUACUUCCCCUACAGCAAAACCUAUUACUGAAAAAUGAGCUUUAUUUCAAAGUGGUACUCAUUCUGCCCCACUUUCACUUGUGUGUCUAUGCUGUGUUCUUCAAUAUUUUAUCCGAAACUAACUAGAAAAUACGUGGGUUUUGCGACUUGAACCCAGACUUCUGAUCAUUUGUCCUGCACUACUCUUUAUAUCUGGACAGUUUCACAAAUCAUGUUCUUGUGAAAAUCUCUUUUGCAUUACCUCAAAGUAUAUUAGGAGAGAAAGUUUAUUCAAAUUUUUAAAAAUAUAUUAAUUUAAUUUUUGGAGAGAAAUGAUUUAACAGAUGGAUUUAAUUUUUUUUAUCACGUUUUUAUUUUGAAAUAGCUUUUUUUUUUUUAAUAACUGAAGGAUAGAGCUUUAUAACUAAUAUAUUGUAUUAUACUUUAAACAGAUGAGUUCAAUAUGAGCCCCCAACGUUAAAAGAUUAUGGAGGUCCAGAAAGCCUUUAUCAUGCAACUGUAUAGCCGUAUACUUAACUGUAAUGCACAACAGAUAUACAUAAAACAGUUACUACGCUACUUUUUCCAUUCAGCAACUUCCUUGCUCAUCAGGAAGUGCCACAAUGAACCAAGUGCAUGUUUAUUGAGUUAAUUUUUAAGCCAGGUGCCCUUCCCAUUUCACUAGAGUGGAGUGGACAAUGGGGGUAUUGAACUGGCUACCUUCUGCAGCAAGGGAAAAUGCUUAGCUGGUGGAAAAAAAAAAUAAAAAUUCCUUCAGUUGUCCAGGUCCCAAAAGAAAAAUUAAAAUCUGUCAACUUAUUGUGGUUUAAUACUCAAAAAACUUAAAACAUAUUACAUUAUUGUGCCUUUGCAUUGUUCCAGUUCUAAACCUGGAUAAAAAGGUUGACUCGGGAAGGGCAUCUGACCUAAAACUACUGCACAGAGAGGCAGAUUAUGGGCAAUGGAAAAAGUGAAUUGAACUGAUCUUACGUGAUUCAUGAAUUCCACAGUUGUGUCAAAGUAGAAAUCUCAAAAAACUAAAACAAAAUGAAGCUACCUACAAUAAAUUGUACCAUCCAAUAUUUGUCAUUGUCAUAUUAGCAUAUUCAUUUUCACUACAUCAUCUUAUAAUAAUUUCUAAAUGUCACGACAGUUUAUCUAUAAUUGGGCUUAUAUUACCAAGUGUAAAACAUGUUGCAGAUUUUUGACCUUUCUGGGCCUCCAUAGACAGAGUUCUUGGUGCUUGAAUUAAAAUGUAACACUAUUCCCCUUUUGAUACAUAUAUUUAUACCAGUCCUUAUGCUGACCAGAGUGGAUCUUCUGUUUAAUUAUUUUAUACACAUUUUUUAUUUACAUUAUUUGUACUUUUGUUUUUCUAAAUAACCCUUUUAUGGUUUGAAAUCACUGACACUGUUGGAGUAAGAGGAGAUAAUAUUAAUUUAAUUACAAAAAAACUUGAGGUGCAUCGUACAGUCGACUGGUGGCCUUCUAAACUCACGCAAGACUUGAAUUUGCCCCAUUUUUAAGGCUAAAGAUUCUCAAUUCUUUGUCGUAAUGUGCAAUAGCGUUUGUACCGUUUGUAGAAAAAAAUGAAUAAAAAAAAAAUUAAAUAAAAAAAGUGUUUAAAUUAUAUUGCGGAUUUAUUUUCAUUGCAAGCAUUGUGAUUCACUAAAUAAUUUUCUACUAUGUAUAUUCUACCUGCUAGUACCUUCCAGUAGUAAUGUAGCCUUUGUACUGAGGAAUUUUCAUUAUUUUUUGCUAUAAAAAAAAGAAAAAAAAAUUACACAUUUUGCAUUAUUUUUUCACCCAUUAAUACUUAUUUUUGAAUGUUUUCAUAUCUGGUCUAUGUCACAUUAUUAUUUUGUAUUUUUAAGUGGAAUAAAUUAAUUUUUAAGAUAACGCUAAUUAUUUUAAAGUUUAUUUUUCAUUUAUUUUUGAAGUUUGGAAAAAAGUUUGUAUUGUUACUAAAGUGAAAAUUGCUAAGCUUUAUGUGUCUAUCGCUUACAUUAGUGUGAAAAUGAUGGUGAAAAUUAUACUUCAAAAACACAGCAGGUGGUUGGUGAUGUUUAAGUGAUUUGCAAUGUAAACUUAUGAAUGGGCAAUAAAAUAAAAGACAGAAUGGAGCAUUA